UUCAGCUCAAUGAAUUUCUCAUACUGAAAACAUGCUGAACAUGUUGCGUUCCUUUGAUGUCCCGUCAGCGUUCAGCAUGCUUUUUAAGAACUGAAGUAACUACUGAGGGAUCUGGUCGGUGACUCACUAUGAAGGUGUUGAAGUGUUGAAGAGUCUUUGAUUCAGAGAAAGAGCAUCAAUGGUCAACAGAGAAGGUCAGAUGCCGUUGUACUGUAGAGCAAGAGGAAAGUUCCUAGUCAGACAGUGUGCUACUGUAGGAGGAGGUCCGGAGCGACAGAGAAGCAUGUGAGGGUUGCGCAGAACGGAGUGAUUCAAGAUGAGAGUAGGAUUAUAUGAGGAGUCAGCUUUUCUUGGCAGGUUAGAGUUGACCCUCCAUGGACUGUAAGAGGAACGGCAGUCAGAAGAAGUGAGUGAGAAUACAUAUGAAGGAGAGGGAACAGACGAAGAGCGUCAAAUUCACAUUUAGGUUAGUGAUGGACGAAGGAGUGGAAAAGUGAAGACGACAACAGAGCGAGAGUUGAGAGUGACAUUGUCAGAGAUAAAGUAGGCGUGGAGAAGUUUGGAGACAAAGUCAGAGUGGCCAGAUGCUUUUGGACCUGUGGAGAGGAGAGACAUGAUGAAGACUGGAGAUAAGGAAGACAGGAGUGAGGAAGGAGGAUGAUUGAGAUGUGGCAACCCCUGAUGGGAAAUGUUGAAAGAAGGUCUAUAAAGAUUCCAGGAGGAUUCAUGUCCUACCGCAUGAUUCGACCGUUGAACUGGAGUGAUACGUUGCUUAACAAUACUGAGUAAAGUCUUGAUCACUGCAACAUAUUUUUAGCGCGACAGAUUAUAAUUGUAGUGAUUCUAAAUCUUCAAUGAAACGUCUACGCUGUGUAUGACGCUGAGUUUCCCAGCUAAUGAGCUCACAUCAGUCCCACCUGGUGCCCCAGCAGAGAAGACAGCAGUGUGCAGCGCCAUCCCAGUGAAGAGCAGAUAAAGUGGUGCUGUUUGUUUGGUCAGGAUUUCUGAAAAAAAGGAAACCACAGGCUCUGGACUUCCUCUCCCUCCUCCACGAUUAUAUAACUGCACUCCAGCAGGAGGGUGGUCAGCCGUCCGCCUGCAGACCCGCCGGCAGUUGCUCCUUCUUCCUGGCCGAGAGGCACGAUGACUUUGUGGCUGGUCUUUGUAUCGGUGGCGUUUGCUACAGCUGUGGAAUCUGGCACCAUCAACUCCACGGAUCAAUCCACCAGCGCUCAAGUGACCGUCAAACAGACUGAACAACAGGAAUCAAUUGUCGAGCAGCUGGCGGAGGAUGUGAUGGCGACCGGCGAUCUGAACCCAAGUCACUACCCGGCUCAGAGAGCUGCUAAGGUGGUCCAGCAUCACCUCAACACCCGCUUCGGCUCACCCUACAAGGUGUUCGGCCUCAGGACGGUCAACAGUGGGUACGCAGAGGAUGUGGAGAAUUCUGGGAGAAGAUACAAGCUGGAGCUGACGGUGCAGGAGUUCCUCAGCAACUCUUCAGUCAAGUGCUCGGCCGAGGUGUUCUUCCCCACUGAAAAAGGUCAAGGUGCUCCUCAAGUUGAUGUCACUGGUGAGGACUUUCAGAAAAUCAACGCCUCGGAGGAGGAGGAAGCUCUGUACCAGAAAUACAAGGCCAACACCGAACUGCUGUCUGCAGACCAUCUACCCGAUAGCCACGGGCACAUGGAGCCGGAGAUGAAGCCCUUCUGGCACCUGGGAUCGGUGGCGUCCAGCUUUGUCAUGCUCCAGGAGUCCACAGAAGAGACCCUGUACAACAUGGCUCAGGUGGCCAACGUCACACAGCUGGAAACGGAGAAGGAGCAGCUGCAGUUCGAUUAUCACGUGCUGCUGCAUGACAUGGUGUCACAGGAAAUAAUCCACUGGAAGUUGCUAGUCACCUGGUCUCCUGCAGAGGGAGUCAAAGUGCCACAGAUGACAAAGCUGCCUCAUCGCCAUCAAUGAGAAGAGACCGCUGCCAAACUGUAUUCACUCACCUACACGUCUUCUAGUCAAACACCAGUAGUUGUUCACAUGUUUAGAAGAAUAAAGUGUG